AUGGCCACAGUAAUCCCUCCACCUUCUAAAAAACAGAAGAAAGAAGCACAGAAGGUCCGUGAAGUUGAUAUAGUUCCCGAAGAUGUGCCUAAUGUAUUAAUAAAAUUCCAGGCCUCAGAUACUGGAGAAUCUAUUGGAGGCUCAAUAAGAGUUCCAGGAGGAAUAACAGAAAAGCAAUUGGAACAGUUAUUGAACCAGCUUCAUAGUGAGACAGACGAUCCUGUCCCAUAUACGUUUGCAUUAUUGAAUAAAAGUAACGAAGAUGAUAAGGAAGGAAACUUGGUUGACAUUAAGGACAAUUUAUAUUCUUCGGUUUUGAAACCACAGAUCAAGACCACCGAAGAUUUUAUGACGUUAGUGUAUACGCCCAGAGCUGUUUUUAAAGUCAAAGCAAUAACGAGAUCGAAUGCAGCAAUUGCAGGGCAUGGGUCUACUAUCUUAUGUUGCCUGUUUGCUCCAAACGAUUCAGGACGUAUGUGUUCUGGUGCUGGGGAUUCCACCGCCAGAAUUUGGGAUUGUAAUACUCAAACUCCAAUGCAUACAUUGUCGGGACAUUCUAACUGGGUAUUGUGUGUUUCAUACUCUCCAUGUGGUUCUAUGAUUGCAACAGGUUCGAUGGAUAGUACUGUGCGAUUAUGGGAUGCGGAUCUGGGAAAACCACUUGGAAGUGCCUUAUCCAGUCAUACCAAAUGGAUCUCGAGUUUAGCAUGGGAACCUUUGCAUUUAGUCCAACCCGGAAGUAAGCCAAGAUUAGCAUCUGGGUCGAAAGAUGGCACAGUGAAGGUCUGGGACACUACUAGAAGAGUUUGCUUAUUAACCAUGAGUGGACACACAAACGCCGUUUCAUGUGUUAAAUGGACUGGUUCUAAUAUUGUAUACAGUGGUUCUCACGACAAAACUAUUAAAGUCUGGGAUAUCCUGGCCGGCGGAAAAUGUAUUCAAACGUUAAAGAGUCAUGCUCAUUGGGUCAACCACUUGUCGACUUCUACAGAUUACGUUAUACGUAAAGGGGCGUUUGACCACACGUCGACAAAAUCGAAAACAAAGAAUUUAACACCAGAAGAAAUGCGUAUGAAGGCUUUGGAACAAUACGAAAAAGUUGCAAAAUUGAAUGGUGUCGUGAGUGAAAGAAUAGUUACUGCCAGUGAUGACUUCACUAUGUACCUCUGGGAGCCAUUGAAGUCGUCCAAGCCUAUCUGCCGUAUGACGGGACACCAAAAGCUUGUCAACCACGUUUCCUUUUCGCCCGAUGGCCGUUAUAUCGUUUCCUGUUCUUUCGAUAACUCAAUCAAGAUUUGGGACGGUAUCAAAGGAACCUUUAUCGGAACAUUAAGAGGACAUGUUGCACCUGUAUACCAAAGUGCAUGGUCCGCUGAUAAUAGACUUUUAGUUACUUGUUCCAAGGAUACCACCUUAAAGGUUUGGGAUAUUAGAACUAGAAAGUUAAGUGUAGAUUUACCAGGUCAUGCUGACGAGGUUUAUGCUGUCGACUGGAGUAUGGAUGGUAAAAGAGUUGCCAGUGGUGGAAAAGAUAAGAUGAUCAGAUUAUGGUCUCAUUGA